AUGUUUACCACAAAAGCACUCAAAGCUGCUUGCAUCAAAGCAUUCUUCAUCGUUAUGAUCGGAUUGGCAGCCCUGAUCGCAGGGCUUCUCCUUAUUGCUCGUUUGGAAAGCGGUCUUUCGGACCAGCUUCUUGGUUGCGAGCAGCACUUCUUGGACCUCGAAGGACGAGUGAAAACUCACGACGUAUCCUUCGCGGGUAGACUUCUGAUCUCUCGUCUGUUUGAACUGGAACCCGUAUCUUCUUCUCCCGUUGUUGCCCUUGAUCGGAUUCUGUCCGCGUGCCCCUGGCUUGGCGGACUUUGGAAAUCCAGACGGAAUUUACAACGGUGCGAACUCAUGGUCCGAGGUCUAGAAGAGGAAUUAGAAAACACAGAAUCAAAACUUGGUAUUUUCCAAUUUAUUAAAACUCUUAUUAGCAAAAAGGUUGACUACUUAUGGAUGCACUCCGGCCUGUGUCUGACUUUGGCAGGAGGGUUGAUGGCGACUCUGUUACCCGGAAGGAAACGGAAGACUAAAUUGGAAGACGAAAAUCAGGAAGAAGAAACAGAAUGGUGGUCAAUGGACAGCUCUCUUGAUGGCACUGUUGUAACCGAGGACCUGGAAGGUCAGAACGUGAGAGUAAAGCCAAGUGAUGCCAAAGAAAAGUUAAAGGAUAUAGAAAAGAUAACUGGACAAGCGAACGAACUACUCAAAGAAAAGACUGGAUAUAUUGAAGCACAGAUGAAGCGCCUUAUAAAUGUCACGAAAAAAGUUGAAGCUGUCGAGAAAGACAGAGAAGCAGAGAAAGAAAAGGCGACUCAAAUCAUGGAUGAUCUGCAGCAAAUUAACAAACUCCAAAAAGCCGACAUUGAACGCCUUUCUCUUCAGAUUGAAGCCGCACAGAAUGACGGAAAAGAAGAGAUUGAAAAGUUGACAAAAACUAUUGACAACCUCCGAGCAACAAACAGACAACUGGAAGCAGAUGCUGCCCUCAUCCUCGACGAUUUUGCAGCCUUCCAGAACGAUCGGGAGGUGGAGAAAGAGGACGCGAAUAGAAUUAUCAGUGAACUGUACGGAAAGAAUGACCAGCUGCAGAAGGAGGUUGAUAACAAAAAGGCUUCGGUUGAAGAACACCGAAAAGCCAGAGAAGAGAUGGAAAUCUCAAUUCGCCUGUUGAAAGAGGAACUGAAUGGGCCAAAGAAAAAAACACGAGCCCAAACCGAAAAGAUAUCCCAACUUCUUCAGGAGAAGGAAGAGUUGAAGGGAAAUGUUGAAGAGAUGUCCAAAGAGAGAAAUAAAUUGAAUGGACAAUUAAUGGAAGCUCAGAUUAAUGAUCUGGUGAGACGCAAAAGAUACGAUGCUCUAGUUAGCGAGGUAGAGGGAUUCAAGAAUCAAGUAAUCAUACUUGAGAAUGACCUAACUACAGCUCUAGAAGAGAACAGGACAACACAGGAAGAGAAGCUUCGUCUCAACGAGGAGAAGGACAACCUUCAAAAACAAGUCGAGCUUCUGAAUCACGAAAAAGAUAAGUUAGAGAACAAACCCCAGAUCCAAAAUACCAUUUUGCUUCCAUCUAAAGAGGCAUCCCAUAGGAGCGUAGAGGGCAGCCAAAAGCCCAAAGAAGAGUCUCCUAGGAAACAGAAGGCAGAACGAAAACUUAUCACUUUUGACCUGGACUCCGAUAAACCCCAGAAGGAUGAUGCCAACUUACUUCCAUCUAAAGAGGAAUCCCCUGGGAGCGUAGAGGGCAGCCAAAAGGCCAAACAAGAGUCUCCUCCUAGGAAACAGAAGACACAGCACAAGCUUAUCACUUUUGACCUCGACUCCGAUGAACCCCAGAAGGAUGAUGCCAUCUUGCUUCCAUUUAAAGGGGCAUCCCAUAGGAGCGUGGAGGGCAGCCAAAAGCCCAAAAAAGAGUCUCCUCCUAGGAAACAGAAGACAGAGCGCAAGCUUAUCACUUUUGACCUCGACUCCGAUGAGCCCAAGAUUCAAAAUCCCAGCUAUUUUACAUCUAAAGAAGCAUCCACUAGGAUCGUGGAGAGCAGACAAAAGCCCAAAAAAGAGCCUCCUCCUAGGAAACAGAAAGCAGAGCGCACACUUAUCACUUAUGAUGUCGACUCUGAUGAGCGCCGGAUUCAAAAAACCAUCUUUCUUCCAUCUAAAGAGGCAUUUGACCUUCCAGGACAAAGGCAAGAGGGCGAUCACAUAUUAUUCAAUGGCGAAAAGGUUAAGUUCACUUGGCUUGCAGAAAUAAAACAAGCGCUGGUUGAACUGGACAUUCCAAGGAACUUCCACAGGGCCAUCAAUGGAACCCAUGGAAGGACGGUGGAAACGAUCAUGGCUGAGAGUGGUGUCACCCUCAUAGAGAUGCCAGAUAGAUUUGAGAAAUCAAAUCUCGUCACCAUCAGUGGAGGUAUCCAGCAGGUUCAACUAGCAGCUAGAAAAAUUGAAAAGCUGAUCAGUAAACUAUAUUAA